UGUUUUGUUAUAAUACCUGAAAACUGAUUGUGUAGUCUGCAAACCGCAUUCCAGUUCCAAGCAGUUGCAAAACUUCUCAGUAUUCAAUUUUUGAAGCAUCUAUUCUUGAAUUGCCUGUAUUAUCCUCUUUUUCUAAUUACAAUAAUAUAGUUUCAGUAUUAACCAGUAUUGAAUUUCUCUAUUAAUCAAGACGAAUGUUUUAAAUUCUCCAGUAUUAUUCAACUAAAUUCUCACAGUAUUGAUUGGCUCCUACCUACUUCAAUAUGAGUGCUUCCGGAUAUGUGACGUUUCCAGUGGUGAUCGGCCUGGGAGUGGUGGUGUCGACGGCCGUUCUAGUGUCGUACCUGUUCUCCAAGAAAAAGUCGUCGCCGAAGACGCUGGUGGAUCCGACGGCGAUGGUGUCGUUGCCCCUCAUUGAGAAGACAGAGAUCAGCCACGACACGCGACGCUUCCGAUUCGGACUACCGUCAGAAAAACAUGUGCUUGGUCUUCCGGUAGGCCAGCAUAUAUUUGUGUCAGCGAAAAUCGACGGGGAAUCGGUGAUCAGAUCGUACACACCUGUUAGCUCAGAUGAGGAUCAUGGAUUCAUGGAUCUUGUUGUCAAGGUGUACUUCAAGAACGUGCACCCGAAAUUCCCGGAAGGAGGCAAACUGAGCCAGUACUUGGAGCACCUGAAACUGGGCGAUGAGAUUCAGGUGCGAGGCCCCUCAGGGCGGCUGCAGUACCUCGGCAAGGGCAACUUCUCCAUGAAAAUACUCAGGAAGGAUCCUCCCACACACGUCAAGGUCAAGCAGAUCGCCAUGAUUGCUGGUGGAACAGGCAUCACACCGAUGUUGCAACUGGUUCGCUACAUCACUAAAGACCCGAGCGAUGACACUAAGAUGUCGCUGUUGUUCGCCAAUCAGACUGAGGAGGACAUUCUGCUGCGGCCUGAGCUGGAGGAGGUGGCCGCCAAACAUCCCGACCAGUUCAAACUGUGGUACACCGUCGACAGGCCUACUGAAGGCUGGAAGUACAGCGUGGGCUUUAUAUCGGCCGAGAUGAUCGCUGAUCACCUGUUCCCUCCCUCCCCCGACACCCUGGUGCUCCUCUGCGGCCCCCCUCCAAUGGUCAAGUUCGCCUGUCAACCUAACCUAGACAAACUGGGCUACGACUCCAAACUGCGAUUCGCUUACUAGGACAUUCAGCCCCCAAUUAAAGCUAUAGUGAGGUCCACGUUAUAAUGGCAGUGGAGAAAGAUAGCAGAAAAACGUUUCCAAUCCUCUGUCUUGUCAAUGCCUUCUAUAGACGGUAGCUGAUACAGGUUUAUUGAUGUAAUAUUAACUGUUCAUUCUCGUUUAAAAUAAUCAAUUAUAUUUUAUUAAGCAAGAAGUUAUAUUUUUCAAUAAUUUCAUAAUAAAGAUGAAAUAUUUUGUUAAUUGAUUAUCAAUAAUUGAAUAAAAACACAAAUAUGUUGUCAAAUUCUACACGGUUCUAUGGAACGGUUCUACAAUAUUGACAAUGACUCAGUCGAAUUGAUUAUCAAUUCCAUAUCGUUAAAAGACGAUCUGGCAACAGAGCAAAAGAGAUAGCGCAAUCCGCUUGUUGAAUGAUAGACAAGGAUAGCAAUACCAUUGCUAAUCAUAAACUGCCAUUAUAACGUGGACCUCACUAUAGGUUGGCACACAACAGGGACAGUGAACAGUGAAAAUAUAAUUACCAUUAGCUCUUAUGGUAUUAUUCAUACUCACUGGGUAAGGAUAGUCCGAUAAGAACGUUUGAGAAUUAUAUUUUUACUGUUGUGUGUUCAAAUCCAGUUUUAUAGUGUACACAAUACUGUAUCUAAAUGCUAUAGUGUGGUCCACUUUAUGAUGGAAGGAUCUGAUUAACAUUGGUGUUGCUAUCCUUGUCUAUCAUUCUACAAAGCUGAUAGCGCUAUCCUUGUCUAACUACACAAUGUUGCCAGACUGUUUUUCAGCAAUGUAGAUAAUAUAUAAUUAAUUAACAGAAUAUUCACUCUCAAUUAUGAAAAUGUAUUACUUAAUCAUUGAAAAAUACAUUGAAAUAAUAAAAAUACAAAAACAUUUGAACAACGCGGGGGUAACUUUGAGGGUUUUACAAAAUACGGAGGGAGGACCGAGGAAAAUACAUAAAAUGCGGAUUGACUUACUUGAUGCAGUCGGUUGUAACGUUGCGGUUUUAACGACGACUGGGGUCUCAGCCAGCUCUGCCGGGAGAUAGCACUCUUAUCCUCCUCCUCGGAGAGAUAGACAGAGUUAGGUAGAUUGAUUGAUUGAUUGAGUACUUUAUUUAUGUAGAUUACAAUAUAUACUGUCUUAUACACUUAUAUACAAUAGCUUACAAUACAGCAAAAUUAUAGAUGAAUUUUCAUGAUAUAGACUAAGAAAAUAAUUAUUGGACUGUAUAUGAUAUGAAAAAGCAAUUUGUAAUAUAAUAACUAUAGAUAAUAAUUAUAUUGUUAUGCAUCUACAUAAAUUGGCUGAGCUUUGGAGAUAUCAAUGUCCAUUCUUCGGAAAGAAUAUUAGAAAUAUCCUCCCCACUAACUCUCUACCAAAACGUUAAUUUCGUUAUUUAAACUAAGGAUUUAUUUAUUAAUGGAAAUAUUGUAAAAGUUUUAAUCAAUAUGAAUAUUGAAGAGAAAAAAAAACAGAAAAUUGAUAAAGUGAAAUAAUUAUAUAAGAUCAAAUAAUUGAUUAAUAAAAUGAAGUAGGCUGAAAGUAGAUCAGGGUUAUCAACUUUCAGUAAUAUACAGCAGUAUGCAGUGGAUAAUUAAAAUAACAUGAGUUUAUAUAAAAUAUAUACAAUUCGUUCUAUAACAUGGUUUAAAGUUUAUAUUGGUGGAAUGGGUGAGGGAUGGUUGUCAUGUGAUCGUUCUAGGGCCAGACAGUUUCAGUCAUUUGUUCCAAAAGAUGUUUUUUUAAAGUCAGAGAGAGAGAGAGAGAGAGAGAGAGAGAGAGAGAGAGGAACCAAAAGCAAUAAGACGCACUACUGAUUCCGUUCUAACCACAUUAAAAAUACAAAAUCAUUGAAUGUAGAUUCUCUUGACGAACAAAAUGUAAUUGAUAAUUUUUAAGAAGAUGGACAGUUUAUAUUACAUAAGAUAUAACGGUAUCAGCUAUCCUUUAUAGAAGGCAACGUAGAGAAUUGACAACGCUUUUCUCCUAUCUUUCUCCACUGCCAUUAUAACUUGGACCUCACUGUACUUCCUCACAUUGAGCCAAGAUAAUUGCAGCGAGUGACUCACUUGUAAAGUGAAUAUAGGUGCUUGAGUACUUGUUAGAAUAAUUACUAAUAAGCUAUUAUUUGUUUGUCUAGUACUUAUUAAAAAUUACCUACUUGGGUAAUUUGAAGUUAUUUGAAUCAUGUGAAAUGGAUAUUAGAACAUUUGCAGAUUAUUUGAUUUGCUUAAAAAUUAUCUGUCACAAAUUCAUUUCAAUCGUCAAGUAAAUAAAUCUAUCACCAAUUUAAUAAUAAAUUUUCAUAAUUGAUUUGAUAAGUA